AAAAUUCUCCGUCAUUUGCUGGUAAAAUUCAAUGCCAAAGUGACACUCAGGAUUCUUCCCCAAAGAUGGAGUGUACUGGUCUCAUAUCAAACUCUCUUAAAUUGUCUCCAAGGGUGUGUUGUUUUUCACCAAUUCAUGGGCAGGUAGGUAGUUUCAGAAGAAGUACGGCAGUAAGAUCUUUGGUAGAAAAACUUGGAAGGAAAGGAGGAGGAGAAUCAAGUGAUGCAGACGAUGAUGAUGAUUCCUCGAUGACAAAUAAUGUGGAUGACAGCCCAUUUAUGGAUCCUGAAGAGAGAUUUGAAUGGAGGAGAAAGAUCAGAGAAGUGAUUGAUCGGUGUCCUGAUGUUAAGGAGGAGAUAGACCCUAUUGAAAGGAAGAAGAAGUUGGAGAAGCUGCUGGCUGAUUACCCCCUUGUGGUGGAAGAGGAUGAUCCUGAUUGGCCUGAAGAUGCUGAUGGAUGGGGUUUCAGUCUCGGUCAAUUUUUUGACAAGAUUACUAUCAAGAAUGUGAAGAAGGAUGAUGACAAUGAGAAUUAUGAUAGUGAGAACGAAAUAGUAUGGCAAGAUGACAAUUAUAUCCGCCCAAUCAAAGAUAUCAAGACUGUAGAAUGGGAAGAGAUUGUGUUCAAAGACAUUAGUCCUUUAAUUGUUCUUGUACAUAAUCGGUAUAAAAGGUUAGUUCUUGUUUUUUAUANUUGUAAUCGUCGUACCCGUCCAACUUCAUCUCAACAAGAAGCAAAGAAAGUAAACAAUGAUCCCUCUAGAGGCAUUUCACAACAUCUCUAUUCCAAAACCAAAACGAAUGAGACAAGAAACUGUACAGAGAAGCAGAAAGUGCACCUUGAUGAACAGUUGCAACAACUAGAAGCUCCAAACUCUGUAUUGUAG